AUGAGGUUCGCAAAGUUUCAGAUAUCUUCUAAUACUACUGCUCGACCAAAUUUAAAACGAAAUUCAUCAAAAGAAGAUGAAAAAGUCAUAAAAAAGCCAAAAGUUAGUUCGAAUCCUUUGACCUUAAAUACGCCGAAUGACGUAAAUUUACUUGCUCUGUCCACUAUUGAAGUAAUAAAAGUAUCAGAGAAAGAAAAAGAAGUAAUACAAGAUCAGAACACAAAAUCUCUUGAUCAAUAUAAUGCACCUUCAUUUAAGUCGCCUACAUCUUGGUAUACUUCAGACACAAUUAAUGAGUACAUUAAAAUGAUAGUAACACGGUCAGAAGGUGAAGUUUAUGCAGUUGUCACUGAUUUUAUUGUAGCGUAUCUUCGAGGAGGUUAUCCAGCUGUAAGAAGAUGGAUAAAAAAAGAUAUUCACACAAUAAAAUUACUUUUUGUGCCCAUGAAUGUAUAUGGGAGUCAUUGGAUAUUGACNUGA